UCUUUGUCAUGUGCCACGUAGCUGACUUUAAGAAUAAAUAAAAGACCUGACCACUCUGUUUGGAUAUGAUUAAAUUUUGUAACCACAGACUACCAGGUACAGAUAGACUGCUGCUGCAGCCUUUGCAAGGAUAAGCAGUUGUGCUGUAGCUAAGUGACGGAUCCUACAGAGACCCGGCAGGAGAAGAUGACAAGCCGCGGCGGGCUGAACAUGUCGGCUCAGACAACAUGACUGCCACAAGCAAACAUGUGGUCCGCGCUGGUUGUUCUCUGCCUGUGGGUUGUGCACUCUGCAGCCUCCUCAUCCCUUCCGAGCCCCGUCAAUGUUGUUUUUUCCUCUGUGAACCUGAAGAAUGUUCUUCAAUGGUCACCAGGAAGUGGAACGCCAGAUGACACACUCUUCACGGUGAAGUAUGCCAUCUACGGCGACAGCGUGAAGGACAGCAAAGGCAAACAGGUGUACUGGAGGGAGGUGCGCCACUGUCAGAGGACACCCCACACCCGCUGCGAUCUGAGCGAUGAGACGUGGGACCUGGAGCAGGGCUACUACGCCAAGGUCCGCGCUGUCGGGAGCACGGGAGGGUCUUCUAAUUGGACCAGGACAGUGUGGAGAUUUGAUCCGCUGCUGGACACUAGUGUCGGCGCUCCAGUUCUUUCUGUGAGAAUAGAGGACAACAAUGCCAUCGUCACGAUGAGGGGACCCAUGAGGUACCAGCCCAACAACCGCACCCCGGUGGUUUCCAUGGCAACCGUCUACCCCCAGAUGACCUAUAACCUCUCAGUCCACAACACAUAUCGUGACCACACGCAUCAUUUUCUUCUGGACAAGAGUACGUACACGUAUCAGAUGAUGGAUUAUAAUACCAAGUACUGCUUCUCGGCCAGGGCAAGCGUCGCUGACAUGCCCGUCCACUGCCACUCCUCACUAAGGCAUUGCGAAACCACACCCACAGAUCCUGCGAUUGUACAGCUGCAGAGUGUGAUUGUGGGUAUUGUUGUUCCAUCGAUGUGCAUCUGUGCCAUUGUGUUGAUUUGCUACUUUCUCUGUAACUACCUAUUGGGGAAAGGACACCAAAGCCCAUAUGUCCUGAACCCACCUUCUUUUCACUCUUCCCCUCUGAAAAUCAAUGAGGACAAGAUCAUUCUCAUCACCGUCGCGCCAUUGGUCGUGGAUCCCGAAAAAACAGUGCACACUGACCGCUUAGACCCCCUACCAACAGACUCCACAGGACAGUCCACGGAAUCUGACGAUUUAUUACCGGACUACGGAGCUGUAGUUGUGGGAAACAGUUGUGAGAGGAAAGACGAGCGAGUUGAAGAUGGUCAGGUUGCUGGAUUUAAUUCUCACCAGGCAAAGCCACACCUCCCAGUGACAUCAACCUCCAUAUGCAUGCAAACUCACACACAGGGUCACACGUGGUCUCAGUUAAACUCAGGCUUGCUGAACCAAAUUCAUAUGUGGAGGGAGGGCAGGGAAUGCCAGGGGUUAUUUAUGAAUAAAAACCCACAACCACACAAUAGCUUGGCAAUGGGAAAUGACUUGGAAGGGAAAGAUACAGAUGUAAAGUUUGAGGAAGAUGCAGACAAAGGCAGCAACGGAGAAAAAGUUCCCCUUCUGUCCUCGUAUGCGUUCCAAAAUAUGAUAAACAGGCCUGUUUUUGACACAGAGAUACCCCACAGUGAUGCUUCAAGACUUGCAGUUGACAGUGAGGAAGCUGAUCAUGACUUCUACGGUGAGGAAGAGGGGCAGGUCUGUAUUAAUUGGGACCAUGAGACCAGGAGACUAGUGGUGCCAGUGGAGUUCAACAAGCAGAGAGGCGUGGAGGGAGACGGCGAGAGCGGAGACGCGUUGAGGCUGGAGAACGUGUUUGUCAGACAAUCGUCCGAGGAGGCGAAGGAGGCAGAGGCACUGAGGAUGAUGGGGGCGGCUGGGGUGCCUGAGACCCCCAUGGAUGACUUUAUCAGCAGAUGGAAGUUAGUUAUCCCAGUAGAUCAGUAGACAAGCUUUUAAUAUUAUACUGCAAACAGAUCACACUAUGCUAGUAAUAACACACAAUCAACAGCUCGGUGGGAAUUCUAUUUCUAUAGGUCAAUACAAAUUCAGACUUAAACAUAUUACUAUUCUAAUUUGUAUAAUUGUUAAUAUAAUAUUUUCAUAAUAUUGUAUUUUUAUAUUGUGUGUGUGUGUGUAAAUGACAUGGUCACCACUGCAUCACAUCGCAGCCCAAUAGGCAUAAAAGCACUGGAUUUGUCAGCACUAAUGUCUGACACCAGCAUAACAAUGUCAGUGUACAUCAUCAUAGCAAUCUCCAUGCGCAGGCGGUUAAACAGCAAGUCUCAGUUCCAGGUAAACCACCUAAACUGGUUGAGAGACCACAGGGAGGUUGAUCAGUUGCAGUGUCGUGUUCAUUUCCAUUCUCAGUCACUGAAGAGGUUACAUGAAGGAUUUGUUAACCAGGAAUUGUGAUUUUUGUGUUCGUACAGGACGCAGACAAAGCUACAGCACUUUAUAGUUUUUUCUAAUUCUUGUUAUACGUGUAGUGAAGUUGUUUGGCCGGCGCUCUGUGUCGGCCUCCUCUCAGCCGUCCAUGUGAACUAACAGCAACCUCAAAAGAACAAAAACCUUGUGUCUCUGCAUUAAUGUCACUUGAGUUGGGACCUUUUUCAUGAAGAAGUAAAAAAAUUACGUGACAAAUAAUGAAGGAAGUCACAGGGAGGUUUUGUUAAUGUUUUGCCAACAUUGUUCCUCCUCAUUCUGUUCAGUUUGUGUCUUGGGUUAUUGUUGGGAAUUUGUACAUCAAAACUAUAAACAUGUUCCAACCAUCAGCACAACACUAAAUGAGCUUUCACCUGCUUGUAUGUAUUUACACAACACAGUGGGAUAGAACAGUAUGUUUAAAACUAAAAUUACUGGGAAUAGGCAGCGACAGAUUUGACUAUUUUUGUAUAUGGCAAAACAAAAAUAUUAUUAAAAUACUAAAAAAACAGCAAAA